AUGACUCGUCAUUUGUGCGCAUGCUCAGUGAUUCCCUUCAUGUGUUCCUCACUUAUGCAGCUAGCUACUAGAAAUGUGAAUUUCUCAGUGUUUCUAAUUGUAGUCAGCGUUUACGGUCACCAUGAAAACAAGAUUCACUACCGUGGAUAUCAGGGCAGUUAUUGCCGAGAUAAGUGCAAACUACCUUGGCAUGAGAGUAAACAACGUGUAUGACAUCGACAACAAGACGUAUCUCAUCCGUCUGCAAAAACCUGACAGCAAAGCCAUCAUCCUGAUUGAGUCAGGCACCCGGAUUCACUCCACAGACUUUGAAUGGCCAAAGAACAUGAUGCCUUCGGGCUUUGCUAUGAAAUGUCGAAAACACCUGAGGUCACGGCGGUUGACCGCGGUUAAACAGCUUGGGAUUGACAGGAUUGUUGACAUCCAGUUUGGUUCAGACGAGGCUGCCUACCACUUGAUUAUUGAACUGUAUGACAGGGGUAACGUCAUUCUCACAGACUUUGAGUACACCAUCCUGAACCUGCUCAGGUUUCGAACAGCGGAAGCAGAAGCUGAAGCGGAAGAUGUUAAGAUAGCUGUAAGAGAGCGGUACCCUGUGGAGAGCGCCCGCCCCCCCGAACCUCUCUUCACUUUAGACCGACUUACUGAAAUCCUCAGCCAAGCACCAAAUGGAGAUCAAGUUAAAAGGGUCCUCAACCCUCACCUGCCCUAUGGAGCCACGCUGAUCGAACACAGUCUGAUUGCGGUGGGACUGCCAGGCUCGGUCAAGGUUGACAGUCAAGUUGAUGCAGUUGCACCAAAAAUCCUGGAAGCCCUGCAGAUUGCUGAAACCUACAUGGAAAAAACGGAAAACUUCAGUGGCAAAGGCUACAUCAUUCAGAAGAGUGAAAAGAAACCAAGCUUAACUCCUGGCAAACCCGUUGAAGAACUGCUAACAUAUGAUGAAUUCCACCCAUUCCUCUUUGCCCAGCAUGCAAAGAGCCCCUAUUUGGAGUUUGAUACUUUUGAUAAGGCAGUGGAUGAGUUCUUUUCUAAGAUGGAGAGUCAGAAGAUUGACAUGAAGGCCUUGCAGCAGGAGAAACAAGCCCUUAAGAAGUUGGAAAAUGUUAAAAGGGACCACGAGCAGAGAUUGGAGGCCUUGCACCAAACACAGGAGGUGGACCGAAUAAAGGGAGAACUGGUGGAGAUGAACCUGCCUGUGGUAGAGCGGGCACUGCAGGUGGUGCGCAGUGCACUGGCGAAUCAGGUGGACUGGACUGAGAUCGGCAUCAUCGUCAAAGAGGCACAAGCCGCUGGUGACCCGGUGGCCUGCGCCAUCAAGGAGCUGAAGCUGCAGACCAACCAUAUCACCAUGCUUUUAAAGAAUCCAUAUAUUUCUGAGGAAGACCAGGAAGAGGAAGAGAAAAAAGAGAUUGUGGAGGAGAAAGGAAAGAAAAACAAAAAUAAAGACAAAGGGCAGAACAAGAAGUUGCAAAGGAACAAGCCCACGCUAGUGGAUGUGGAUCUGGGCCUGUCGGCUUAUGCCAAUGCCAAGAAGUACUAUGACUUCAAACGCACUGCUGAAAAGAAAGAACAUAAAACUAUGGAAGCGGCAGGCAAGGCUAUGAAAUCCGCAGAGAAGAAAACACAGCAGACCCUAAAAGAGGUGCAGACCGUGACCACCAUUCAGAAAGCCAGGAAGGUCUACUGGUUUGAGAAGUUUUUGUGGUUCAUCAGCUCAGAGAAUUAUCUCAUCAUCGCAGGAAGGGAUCAGCAGCAGAACGAGAUAAUUGUCAAACGCUACCUCCGAGCUGGUGACAUUUAUGUUCAUGCCGACCUCCACGGAGCAACAAGCUGUGUCAUCAAAAACCCCUCAGGUGACCCCAUCCCUCCUCGUACGCUGACAGAAACUGGUACUAUGUCCGUGUGCUACAGUGCUGCUUGGGAUGCCAAGAUCAUCACCAGCGCUUGGUGGGUUCAUCAUCAUCAGGUUUCUAAAUCUGCUCCCACCGGAGAGUACCUGACCACUGGAAGUUUCAUGAUCAGAGGAAAGAAAAACUUCCUUCCACCCUCUUACUUGAUUAUGGGCUUCGGAUUUCUCUUCAAGGUCGACGAGCAAAGUGUGUUUCGGCACAGAGGUGAGAGAAAGGUGAAGACCGUGGAAGAGGACAUGGAGGAAGUCGCAUCUGAAGCGGCCGAGGAAGAAGAGCUGAUAGGGGAUGACAGCAGCAAUGAAGAUCAAUGUGAGGAAAGAGCGGCGGCAGAUGGAGGGAUGGAAAAGACGAUUAACGAAGAGGUCGGGGGGGAUAAUGGCACAAAUGGAGAACUGACCGCCGUACCCGAAGAGGACCACGUGGAGGCAGAGGUCGAGAAGAGUGGAGAGGAAAAGGAGAUGAAGGAGGAGAGGGAGGAAUUCAGCUUUCCGGACACAACCAUCUCCCUUGUUCAUUUACAGCCCAGCAGGAAUACGCAGAACCCUGGUUUCAAAAAGGAACCGAGCACUCAGGUUGAGUUGGACUCACAGGGGAGGAAGCACAUGACUGCCAAGAAAAGAAGAGAAGAGAAGAAGAAGAAGCAGGAAGGUUGUAGCGCCGAGGAGAAGUCUGAGAUUACUAGAGCUGCAGCAGCAGUUGAUCAGGGAUCCAAAGGUGGAGGAGGUGCCUCCCAGCCGCCACCGAAGAGAGGUCAAAAGAACAAGUUAAAGAAGAUUAAAGAGAAGUACAAAGACCAAGAUGAAGAGGACAGGGAGCUGAUGAUGCAGCUGCUUGGGUCAGCUGGUUCCACCAGGGAAGAGAAGGAUAAGGGGAAGAAAGGGAAGAAGGGGAAGGGCAAAGACGAACCCGUCAGGAAACCAGCCCCUCAGAAACAACCACAGAAGCCUCGAAAUGAGGAGAUGGCAGCGAAGAAACCAGAGCUCCCAGAAGCAGAGGAGGGUGCAGAGGAGAAGCAGCCCGCAGAGCAGGGAGGUUCUGCUGAACAAGACGACAAGGAAGACGAGGCGGACCAGGACAACCCAGGAGCAGAGGAAGCAGAAGAUCUGCUCACCUCUCUUUCUGGUCAGCCUCACCCUGAAGAUGUGCUGCUGUUUGCUGUGCCGGUCUGUGCGCCGUACACUGCGCUUUCCAACUACAAACACAAGGUGAAAUUGACACCAGGUUCUCAGAAGAAAGGAAAAGCUGCACGCACUGCAGUUCUCAGUUUCAUGAAAGUCCGAGAUGCCUCAACCAGAGAAAAAGACCUGUUCCGGAGUGUCAAGGAUACUGAUCUAUCAAGAAAUAUGCCAGGCAAAGUUAAAGUUUCUGCUCCAAACCUUCUUGCUGUCAAGAAGAAAUAGGAGCCACGGGAUUGUGCCGACUUCACCUACAUUUCAAGCUCUGAACCUUAACAGUACGGUUUCCUAUGCUGGAUAUCAAACAUUUAGCUUUGAUUUUAAUUGUAUUUGUUCGGAAUGAAACUUGUAAUUCAACAAAGCGGAACAGAUCACAACUAAUUGUAUGUGUUUUAUUCUUUAAAUAUGAAUGCAAUGAUGCAUCAUGUUCCACAAUAAAAAACAAUGAACAUUGUGCAAACCAGGCAAAUACAAACAGUCUACUGACAAUAGGAAUUCCAGUGCAAUGUGGCUCAGCAUCCAAUACACCCGGCGUAUGCAAGUUGAUUUAAAAACAAAACUAAAAGGCUACCGUAGCCACCAAGCACUAUUUUCAGAAUAUAGAACCCUCAGACAUUUUUUUUAAAAUAAAAAUGAACAUUCGUGUCUUGAGAGGAGAUAUUGAGUAACAAAGCACUAGUUUUAGGUCUGAUAGGACUUGUACUGUUUAAGAUUCAGCAAACAUUUGUAUUAAAGAUCAUGUCAAACAUAAUUUGAAGAUACGGCCUCCCUGAAAAAAAUCGAAGUGUUAAAGCAAACCUGUUUCAUCCUUGGCCCGCUGUGUUUAGUGAGGAGAUAUUUGACACUCUUCAAGUUGUAUGCAUUUGUGGAAAAAAAUAAAACUACAUUUUCACUAA